AUGGGAUUAUCAUCGAUUGACUCCGGGGCAUCAGAUACCAUCCUGGUGUUCGGAUCGCAAGCCCUCGAGUUCAACGAAGAGUCGGCACAUCAGAUCAGAUCGGCCUUGCUGGAGAGCAAGCACCUGAAGAUAUUGGAUGAGUGGUUCCGAACUGGCCGGUUUCCGGACAGGUCGUUCCCUCUUCCCAACAUCCUUCUCACACCCUUGGUCGUGAUUGCACAGCUCACACAAUACUGGGAAUAUCGAUCGAUAGUAGGAGCAAAUCAUGCUGCCAAUGAGACCCUCGGCCUCUGUACGGGCUUGUUGACUGCAGUGGUGGCGUCCAGCUCUACCAACCCGAGCCAGCUGCAAAAAUAUGGAGGGGUCGCAAUUCGCCUAGCAAUGGCAAUAGGGGCAGUGGUGGAUGCGCAGGACACCACUGAAGAUGACACUGGUAGAUGGAGUUCUCUGUCCGUGGCUUGGAACUCAACAGACCGGCAAGAGGACCUGCUCAAGAUACUCGAAAGACAUCCAGAGGCAUACAUAUCAGUUCUUCCAGAGACGAAACGGAUGACUUUAACAGUCCCCAAAGCCGGUGUGCCAUCGCUACAACACCAGCUGAAACAAGCCGGCUUGAGUGUGACUGAGAUCGCAUUGCGCGGAAGCUUUCACUCAUCCCACCAUCUCAAUUCUGCAGAAUCCUUGAUCGGGUUCUGUGACGCCAAUCUGCCUUUCCAAUUUCCCGAUGGGUCCGAAUUGGCUGUGCCUACUCGACCCAACAAUGGCGGCGACUACAUCAACUGUGGAAAGAUGACCGACGCAGUGGUCCGAUCCAUCCUUCUAGAGCAGUCAGACUGGUACCAGCCAUUUGCUCGGAUUUAUUCCAAACCGGGUCCAGAACCACUGGUGGUUGCGUUUGGCGCAGAGCGUUGUGUCCCUCCUUCGCUCAUGCGACCCUUUGGCCCGCGUUGGAUUAAUAUGGCCGAGGCGGGCGCGACUGAUAGUUUAUUGCGUGCUUUGAAGAAUCCCACAGGGGGCCCCACUUCCGAGGAAGCCAUCGCUGUGGUCGGCAUGUCCUGCCACUUGCCAGGGGCCGCAGACCUGGAAGCAUUUUGGGACAUUCUCUGUGGGGGAAAGUCACAACACAUAGAGGCUCCGCCUGAGCGGUUCAAUUUCCAAACAGCCUGGCGAGAUAUUGACCCCAAAAGGACCUUCUAUGGGAACUUCAUCCAGAACUAUGAUGCCUUUGACCACAAGUUUUUCAAGAAGAGUCCGCGAGAGAUUGAGUCCACUGACCCUCAACACCGCCUGAUGCUGCAGGCGGCUUACCAGGCAGUGGAGCAGUCGGGAUAUUUUAAUUCAUCACUCCAGGACCGGCACAUCGGAUGCUUUAUUGGCGUGGGGCUGGUCGACUAUGAAAACAAUAUCGCAUGCUACCCGGCAAACGCUUACUCGGCCACGGGCAAUCUCAAGGCAUUUGCCGCAGGAAAGAUCAGCCAUUAUUUUGGCUGGACGGGGCCGGGCCUCACGAUCGACACGGCCUGCUCCUCGUCCGCGGUUGCAGUGCAUCAAGCCUGUAAAGCCAUCCGGACCGGGGAAUGCUCGGCUGCCCUCGCAGGCGGCGUAAACGUGAUGACAAGCCCAGAAUGGUACCAGAAUCUGGCGGGCGCGUCAUUCCUCAGCCCCACGGGACAGUGCAAACCAUUUGAUGCACAGGCGGAUGGCUACUGCAGGGCUGAAGGUGUUGGAGCGGUCUUUCUGAAGAAACUGUCGAGCGCGAUUAAACAUGGAAAUCAAAUCCUGGGCGUGAUUGCUGGAUCAGCUGUGUAUCAAAACCAAAACUGCACGGCUAUUACAGUGCCCAACGCCUUGUCUCUCUCGGACCUCUUCCGGGACGUGGUUCGUCAAGCUAAAUUAGAGCCAAGUCAAGUCUCUGUGGUGGAAGCACAUGGGACGGGUACACCAGUGGGUGACCCGGUUGAGUACGAUAGCGUGCGCCGAGUUUUUGGCGGACCGAGCAGACAGGACGCUCUAUUUCUAGGCUCCGUCAAAGGGCUUUUGGGCCACACCGAGUCGGCUUCCGGCAUUGUCGCGCUCAUCAAGGUUCUUUUGAUGAUGAUUCGAGGGGGUAUUCCCCCACAGGCGAGUUUUCACGCCCUCAAUCCCGCAAUCGCUGCCUCACCAUCGGACAAGAUCGAGAUCCCGCGACAAUUCAAACUGUGGGAUCGCAAGUAUCGGGCGGCCCUCAUCAACAAUUACGGAGCCUCUGGCUCCAACGCUUCCCUGGUGGUAAUCCAAGCGCCGUCCUAUUUGACAUCAUCAAGCCCCUUUCCAGCCCAGACCACCAGGAGCUAUCCAUUUUGGCUGUGCGGAUUCGACGAGAAAAGCGUCCGUGCCUAUUCAGCCAAAAUGGCCGAAUUCCUGAAACGAAGGAGGGAAUGCACUGAAGAGCUCACGAUAUCGAAUCUUUCCUUUCAGAUAUCUCGGCAGUCCAAUCGAUCCCUUGCGUGGGGUCUAAUAUCCAACUGCAGCUCGCUCCUAGAGUUGGAGGAGAGGUUGAAGGCCUAUUCAACCGGACAGGGAAGUCUCGUGGCGACGCAAAAGUCGGAACCCCCUUGGCCAGUCAUUCUUUGCUUUGGGGGGCAAAUCUCCAGCUACAUCGGACUGGACAGAGAUGUAUACGAACGAGUGGCAAUCUUCCGGCACCAUCUGGACCGCUGCAAUGAUACUUGCGCAUCGCUCGGGCUGGGCGGUAUUUUCCCUGACAUCUUCCAACGAACGCCAAUCAGUGACAUUGUCCUACUCCAGACCUCGCUCUUUGCCGUCCAAUACUCGUGCGCCAUGUCGUGGAUUGACUGUGGAUUGCAAGUUGCUGCGGUCGUCGGCCACAGCUUUGGAGAGCUGACAGCGCUCUGCGUUUCGGGCAUCUUGUCCGUCCAGGACGCCUUAAAGUUGGUCUCAUCCCGAGCCCGCAUUAUUCGUGACAGCUGGGGUCCAGAAAAAGGCGCCAUUUUGGCGGUUGAGGGGAACCUGCAAGAUGUAGAGGAUCUUUUGCUCGAGGCGGGACAGAAGAAGAAUUCGGAAGAAUCUGCCGCCUCGAUCGCAUGUUUCAAUGGUCCCCGAAGCUUCACGUUAGCAGGGUCUGAAAAAGCGAUCGAGACAGUAUGCGAAAUUGCAACCAACACAGAAUUUACCAGUUCGAGAAUUCGGAUGAAGAAGCUAGAUGUGACGAAUGCCUUUCAUUGCGCCCUGGUCGAGCCAUUGAUGGAAGAUCUGGAUUGCGUCGGACGAGACCUGGUCUUUCGAGAUCCAAUAAUUCCUUUGGAACGCGCGACAAAAGAAGCCGGUCCAGGCAAAUUCACCUCAAAAUUUGUGGCAAGUCAUAUGCGGGAUCCAGUGCAUUUUCAUCACGCCGUACAGAGAAUUUCGCAGCAAUACCCCGCGUGUGUCUGGCUGGAGGCGGGGUCAAAUUCGACCGUUACCACCAUGGCCAGUCGGGCUCUGGGCUCUCCCAGUACCUCUCAUUUCCAACCCAUCCAUAUCACCAACAAUGAUUCAUUUAGCUCCUUGACAAAUGCCACCACGAGCCUGUGGCGAGCGGGCGUGAAAGUGCAAUUUUGGGCCCACCACCAGGCUCAGAUAUCGGAUUAUUCUCCCAUUCUUUUACCACCAUACCAAUUCGAGGGGUCAAGACAUUGGGUGGAUCUGAAAAAGCCUCAGCCAACGAUCACUGCAGCGCCAGCUGCAACAGAUUCACACACAGCUCCCCAAGGGCUCUGGACAUUUAUGGGGUAUCAGGACGCUGGACAGCGCAGGGCUCGCUUUCGAAUCAACACAAUGAACGAGAAAUACGAAAAAUAUGUGUCAGCCCAUGUCAUUGCACAGUCAUCCCCGGUUUGCGCCAGCACCUUUCAGCUGGUGAUUGCCGUAGAUGCAUUGUCAUCGAUUGUCUCGGAAUCUACCAUAGCUGACCUCCAACCUGAGCUCUGUGAUACGGUCAGUCAUGCUCCAAUGUGCAUGGACAACUCGAGAACUGUUUGGCUAGAUGCGGAAAGCGAGGAUGACAGUAAACACCGCUGGAGCUGGAAGAUGAUCAGCUUCUCAGAGAACAGUGGCCGAUCCUCUGCGAAUGUGCACGUCUCGGGCAUAAUUCGAUUCCGACGGACGGGCGACGCGGACUAUCAUACUGAUUUCGCCCGAUACGAGCGUCUCAUUAAAUCGCAGCGGUGCUUGGACCUUCUUCAGGGGGAACAUGCCGAUGAGGUCAUUCAAGGAAGGCGUAAUAUUUACAAGACGUUUUCCGAGAUCGUCCAGUACAAAGAUGAUUUGUACAAGGGUCUCAUCAAGCUUGCUGGUAAUGCAAAUGAGUCAGCCGGACGGAUCGUCAAGAAGAAUUCAGGGGAAACAUGGCUGGACCUGGGCCUUGCUGACUCCUUCUGUCAAGUGGCCGGCAUCUUUCUGAAUACCAUGACGGACAGGGCAGAUGGCGAGAUGUACAUCUCCGACCGAAUCGAUCAGUGGCUCCGCUCGCCCACCGUGUCAAAAAAUUCGAAGCCAGAAACCUGGGAGGUGUUCGCAUGCCAUCACCAUCCGAAUGACAAGGAAUACACAAGUGACGUCUUCGUUUUUGACGCAGCUGGUGGGAAACUGGUUGAGGUCAUCAUGGGGAUCCACUACGUCAAGGUCUCGCGUCUCGGACUUGGAAAGCUCCUAUCCAAACUUACACUGCAGACAAAUCGUACACCACCAGACACGCCACCUCUAGGUGCGGUGGAGAUACAAAUUCCCAACGGCAAUGAGCAUGUCUCAUCUUCGGUGACCGGGGAACCAGCCUUGACACCAUCGCUGAGCAAACAGGCCAAUGCAAAGAAAGAACCAGCUGGCCUACCCAUCACCAACAGGGUUCGGGAGUUGUUGUGUAAACUCUCCGGUCUUGAAUCUGACGAGAUCAAGCUUGACUCAGAUCUUGCAGAUCUGGGAAUUGAUUCGCUCAUGGGCAUGGAGCUGGCCCGUGAAAUCGAACUCAUGUUUAAAUGUACGCUCGAGGUGUCAGAUCUAGUCGAACUGACUGACUUUCAAAGUCUCGUCAACUGCAUCGGCAAAACUCUGGGUGUCUCCGGUCAGGCGGAGACGGCAGAAUAUGGGAUGACGAAUGGCCAGGCUUGGAGCAAUGGAAUGGAGUCAAAUGGCCACAGCGUCAAUGUACCUCAGAACAGAUCAGUCACAAGGGAUUUGGCGGUGACCAGCUUAGAUGGCGGCGAAUCGACCUCAGAGAUGCAUCUUCCUACCUCUGUCAUUCUCGACACCUUUAAUGAGACGCGGCGGGCCACUGAUCGUUUCAUUGAAGAGAACAAACUCGCCAACUACGCCGAACUCGUCCUGCCCAAGUCGACCGAACUGUGUGUCCUUCACAUCGUGAAUGGCUUCGAACAGCUUGGAUGGUCUUUGCGAGAGGCAAAGGCCGGUCAACCGUUGCGUCGCAUCCAAUAUCUGCCCCGCCACGAGCAAUUUGUUGAAUUUCUCUACGGCAUUCUCCAGGACGCGGGACUGGUGAGAAUGGAUGGGUCCGAGAUCACUCGGACUGCUGUCCCUAUUCCGAACAAAUUAGCAAGCGAGCUUUUACAGGAACUCAUUGAUGAUUUUCCUGAGCACGUGUACGAUCACCGACUCACUUAUCUAACCGGGUCAAAACUGGCUGAUUGCCUGACUGGGAAAGAAGAUGGACUCCAAUUGAUCUUUGCGUCAAAGGAAGGUCGCGAGAUUGUGUCGGGGAUGUAUGGGAAAUCACCAAUCAACACGGCCUGGAUCAAGCAGAUGGAGUUUUUCCUUCGGCAACUCUUUCUUCGGUUGGCUCAGGGUGACAGCAACAACAGCCCGAUCCGGAUCCUUGAGAUGGGCUCGGGGACCGGGGGGACCACCGCGAAGUUGGUGUCACUCCUCGCCCGGCUGAACGUACCAGUCACCUAUACCGUGACAGAUCUCUCGCCCUCCCUGGUGGCUGCGGCCCGGAAGCGGUUCAAGGAAUACCCGUUCAUGGAGUAUCGCGUCCUAGACAUUGAGAAACCUCCAACUGCGGAGCUCCUACAAAGCCAGCAUCUUGUCAUCGCCACCAACUGCGUGCAUGCCACGCACAACCUAGCCACCUCGACCAGAAAUAUCCAUCAGAUUCUCCGCCCAGAUGGAUUCCUAAUGAUGCUGGAGAUGACCCAGCCCCUGCCGUGGGUCGACCUGGUCUUUGGCCUGCUGGAAGGCUGGUGGCUCUUUGACGACGGCCGUCAACACGCGCUGGUAUCUCCAUCACAGUGGGAAAGCACCAUGCGAUCGGUUGGUUUUUCGCAAGUCGAAUGGUCCGAUGGACGUCGUCCGGAAGCAGCCAUUCAACGCAUUAUCAUUGGACUCGCAUCGGGUUCUGGUCGAGUAAAUACACCCCUUCAACUGCUCCACAGACAAACCACUGACUUUACUGCUCGCCAAGAUGUGAUCGAUGCUUAUAUCAAAGAGUAUUCCACUGGAUUCAGCAUGCCGACUGGUUCCAGUGGUCUAGAUAAGCGGCUUAGAUCGUCAUCGGAGAAAAGUGUCAUCUUCCUGACGGGCGCAACAGGGAGUCUGGGUUCGCAUCUCGUGGCGUAUUUUGCCUCCCUGCCCGGGGUGGAGAAAGUGAUUUGUGUCAACCGAUAUAGCAGUGUUGAACGCUUCACCCGUCAACGACAACCCCUGGAAUCCCGUGGUCUUCAUCUGGACUCGACCGCGUUGUCCAAACUCGAAGUCCUCGAAACUGACACGACAAAACCAAGGCUGGGACUGUCCUCCGCACAGUAUUCUCAUCUCACAACGUCGGUGACACACAUCAUCCACAAUGCGUGGCCUAUGAGCCUCACGCGCUCGAUUGAAGCAUACGCCCCUCAGUUCCAGGUCAUGCGGAAUCUGAUUGAUUUCACUGUUCAAGCCAGUUCCACGCAGCACUCUCAAAUCGCAUUCCAGUUCAUCUCCUCGAUAGCCACAGUAGGACACUACCCUCUGUGGUCCGGUCGUGCCCUCGCGCCCGAGGAGCGAAUGGCCGCAGAUUCAGUUUUGCCAGUGGGAUACGGCGAUGCCAAACUCGUCUGUGAAAGACUGUUAGAUGAGACCCUGCAUAAUCAUCCGCGGGCCUUCCGGCCAAUGGUGGUGCGAAUUGGACAAAUUGCCGGAUCGCGGGACAGCGGAUAUUGGAAUCCGGUCGAGCAUUUGGCCUUCAUUUCCAAGUCGUCGCAGACUUUGAAGAUCCUCCCAGAUCUUGAUGGUGAACUGUCGUGGUGCCCUGUCAACGAUGUUGCCGCCACCCUGGGUGAGCUACUGCUUGUGACCGAGACACGGACCUCGGAUCCUUUUUAUCACAUUGAGAAUCCCACCCGGCAAUCUUGGAGGGAGAUGAUUGAGAUCUUGAGUGACGCUCUUCGUAUGCCUCGUGGCAAUCUCAUCCCCUUUAAAGACUGGCUGGAUGCGGUCAGAGGUUUCGAAGGGUCGAUCAAAGAUAAUCCCGCCAAGCCUCUGGCGGACUUCCUGUCGCAGAAUUUUGUGCGCAUGUCCUGCGGCGGCUUGAUCUUGGAUACCACCAGAAGUCGAGCGCACUCACCCACCUUGAGGGAGUUGGGCCGCGUGAGCAGUGAGUUGGUCCUCAAAUACAUUCAGGCAUGGAAAAAUAUGGGAUUUCUACACGAGGUUGUUAAGAAGCAAAUUUAA